AGAGAGCCACAGUUAGUUUGGAUGGUCGUGGAUUCCCCCCCCACACACCACACAUUGCUGCUGCUGCUGCUUGGUGGUUGUGACCCCGUUUUUGGGGCAGUUGAGGGCUUCCAUCAGCCGAACGCGGCUGUGUGCGCAUCUGCUGCUGCUGCUGCACCCCACGCAAACCGAACAACGACCACGGGUUUUUUUGUUUAUUUGCAAGUGCCGUUUUCGUGUUCAUAGAGGCCAGUGAGAGUGGUGGGUGGGUGCGUGCCCACCGUUGACUGUUGGAGCGGUGCAUUGCUCAGCGCACUGCCAAGAUUUUUAGCCGGCAACCCGAGUUCGAUUCCGGGACACGUCUUGACAUCGGGAGCGAGCGACAUCUGACACGGUCCAGCACCCUCCCCUCCGCUACCGCGCAGUGGAUAAAGUCUAUUCGCUGCAACAGCUCGUGGUGGUGGUGGCGGUAGAGAUCCAGGAGCUGGAAGACAAGGCUGGAGACCGAGGAAUUGAAUCGACGAGUUAGACCCAGCACUCUACCGAGAAUGGCGGCGCAGAAUUCCAUCCCGCUCGUGAACGGCAAGGUGGAUAGCACGGAGAUGGAUAUUGCGCCCGUUGCUCCUGGCAAGCAGAAGAUCAACGAGCGCGGGCAGUGGAACAACAAGGUGGAGUUCGUGCUGUCAGUGGCCGGAGAGAUCAUAGGACUGGGGAACGUGUGGCGUUUCCCUUAUCUGUGCUACAAGAACGGAGGCGGUGCCUUCCUCAUCCCGUACGUGAUCUUCUUCGUGUGCUGUGGGAUCCCCGUGUUCUUCCUCGAGACUGCCCUGGGCCAGUACACGAGCCAAGGAGGGGUCACCUGCUGGCGCCUCGUGUGCCCCCUCUUUGAAGGCCUGGGAUACGGCACGCAGGUCAUCGUGACCUACCUGAACGUCUUCUACGUCGUCAUCCUGGCCUGGGCCAUCUUCUACUUCUGCAACUGCUUCACGGCCGACCUGCCCUGGGCUUCGUGCAACAACCAUUGGAACACAAACAGCUGCGUGGAGUUCCAUCACACGGAGAACAUCACGGCGGUCCGCGUGGCCAGGGAAGGGACAUCACCGGUCAUCGAGUACUGGGAGCGGAGAGUGCUGGGCAUCUCCAAUGGCAUUGAGAACAUCGGAAACCUUCGCUGGGAACUGGCCCUCUGCCUCCUGGCGGCGUGGAUCGUCUGCUACUUCUGCAUCUGGAAGGGAACCAAGUCGACUGGAAAAGUCGUUUACGUGACGGCCACCUUCCCGUACGUGAUGCUCAUCAUCCUCCUGAUCCGUGGCGUCACUCUACCCGGGGCCAGCGAGGGAAUCAAGUUCUAUCUCUACCCCGACGUCAGCCGGCUCUCCGAUCCGCAGGUGUGGGUCGAUGCUGGCACGCAGAUCUUCUUCUCCUACGCCAUCUGCCUGGGCUGCCUGACCGCGUUGGGAAGCUACAACCACUACAAUAACAACUGCUACAAGGACUGCGUCAUGCUCUGCUGCCUCAAUAGCGGCACCAGCUUCGUGGCGGGGUUCGCGAUAUUCUCCAUCCUGGGCUUCAUGGCGUACGAGCAGAACGUGCCGAUUGCCGAAGUGGCCGAGUCCGGACCCGGCCUGGCGUUCAUCGCUUACCCCAAGGCGGUGACCAUGAUGCCGUUGUCUCCGCUGUGGGCUGCCCUCUUCUUCUUGAUGCUCAUCUUCCUGGGUCUCGACAGCCAGUUCGUGUGCGUCGAGAGCCUGGUGACGGCGCUCACGGACAUGUACCCGCACAUUUUCCGGGUGGGCAAGAGGAGAGAGCUCCUCCUCUUGGUGGCCGCGAUUGUCUUCUACCUCAUGGGGCUCAUCAUGCUGACAGAGGGAGGCAUGUACGUGUUCCAGCUCUUCGACUAUUACGCCGCGAGUGGAAUGUGCCUCCUCAUCGUCGCCUUCUUCGAGUCCGUCUGUAUUGGCUGGAUUUACGGAGGCGACCGCUUUUACGACAACAUAGAGGACAUGAUUGGUUACCGACCAUGGCCGUGGGUGAAAUGGUGCUGGAUGUUCAUCACGCCUGGGAUCUGCGCAAGCAUCUUCCUCUUCUCGCUCAUCAAGUACAUGCCGCUGACUUACAACAAGGUGUACGUCUACCCGACGUGGGGCUACGCCCUCGGCUGGUUCCUCGCCCUCUCUUCCGUCAUCUGCAUUCCCAUCUUCAUGGUCUACAAGCUGGCCAAGACGCCCGGCACCAUCAAGCAGCGGUUCCACAUACUCACGCAGCCCAGCUCGAGCCUGCCGCAGUUGAAGCGCCACCAGCUGGGCAACCGCGUGGAGGAGAGCAAAGGUCCCGACACGGUGUGCGCUCUUCUCGAGAAGGAGACGAACAUCUAGGCGACAAGAGGUGUAUCGUACAAGCCCUCCGUCACCUCCGAGCCACUCCCCGAGCUCCAGUCAUCCUCCACCUGUUAGCCAUCCGAACCCCCCUUCCUUCUUCCCUCAUUCCCAUCCCUCCCAGCCCUCCCAGCCCUCCAGCACUGAGCCAGUGAAGGGUCCAGAGAUGCAAUGCAGACAUGAAGUCAUUCCAGUAAGAGAUGUCACCCUCCGCACGGUGGCAAUGCAUUCUAAUGGAAUGCUCCUGGCAGAUUACUCGCUGCUUUUUUUUUGGCUUAACACUCAACUUGAGAUGCAGCUUGUGAGAUGCAUAAGCCACAUCUUUGUUUUGUAUUUGUUUAAUUUGCUCUACAGUACUGUACUUUCAAUUGUGUUACAACUGUGCUUUCGGCGUCGCGUCAGAGGAUGUCGAAAUUCUCGUUCGGAACUCGCAUUGUGUGUCUGAGAACAGGCCUCGGAAGAUGACAUCAUAGAACUACUUCUGAGGUAAUUUCUCUCGGUGUCUUCAUCCACAAUAGGGGGUAUGACUUUUCAAUGCUCCGCUAAUAGUGUUUGCCGCAUGUCAAUCACACCUAUUUGAAUUAUCAGCUGCGGAUUAGGCGAAUUUACGUGGCGGAAACUAAAUUAAAUAUUACGGAUUUUUGUUGUUUGUCAUAUGCAUUGAUUGGUAACUCGGCUGAGACUAUAAAGACACUGUUCUUGAGAAACCUGUUUAAUCACCGGUGGUUACCAGCUGCAGUGCUCUGAGAUGGUGUUAAACGAACGGUCCGAGUCACCCAACCACGACCCUUGACUGAGCCGCCCUUUCGGAGCGUCGAGCGAAGCCGGUGCUGCAUCUCGGUGCCCGACGCUCACGUGCUCACGGCUCGAUUCGCAGGCCGUGCGUUGGGGGUUGUGCCAUUGCGGACGGGGUUAGGUGACCCCAGGAACUGCAGGUGCGUCCGGCGAUGGCUACUCCCAUCUGACCUUUAAGCCUUCGGUGGUGAAUGACUGUCAAUUUGUUUUUUUUUUGUUUAACACGUAGGCUUCCGCGAUCAAUAUCCAUAAUACAGUUUAUUUUGGGGUGUGAAUUUUUAUUGUUAAAUCGCAUUUUCUCACGCGCAGCACUGUGGACGGGGUGUAUCGGCAGCGAUUGCACGAAGUCCGAUUUGUCACCCAUACAGGAAAUGCGCGGUGAAAGUAUUUUCCCGCACGUCUAACAAUGCAUGCAUUUUUAUUGUUCGUGAUUUCCCGAUCGUCGACGCAAGAAACUACUUGCUUAUCGGUAAUCUAUCAAAUGUGACUCGAUUGUCAUAUCAUCCGGACCUGAAGUUGACAAACACUAUGCCGUGCCUGUGAUCAAAUAAGCAUGAAUAUUCCACAUUUCAUCAGAUGUCAGAAGCUAAACAGGGCUGAGCCUAGUUGUGCACUUGGAUGAGUGACCACCAAGGCUUGCCAGGUGUUUUAGCUGUGGGGCUGCGACUUGGCCAGGAGAUUGCAGUGCUUGUGUCACGUCUUUAUAUGUACGGCUGUGUUUCUUUCUUAUUCAAGUUCUCCAGUUUCUCUCCCGCGGCCAAAUCCUCACAACAACAAAAGAGCCAACCUUUGGCAGAACGCCCUUGGGUGCGGAUGGCCCUAAAACAGCUGCAUGUAUUUUCAAUUCUUCAUUGUAUAAUUUCGGUCAAUUUAAGACGCUCCGGUGUUGUUCCACAGUCACGUGCCCUCCUGUGUCGUGGUUAUUCUUCUCACGCCACUUUCGCGCUCCCCUUUCACUCCAGCACAGGCCUCGGCAUUGCAUCUGGAGAGUGGAUUGCACUAUUUACUCAUGGGGGUGCUCAGAGAAAACGUAACAAUGCCCCUUUUUGCCAGUGGUGCCAACGUAAAUUCAGAUACCUUUGUGAUAUCCCUUUGCCCUCCGUUGUCCCUCUCCCAUCAGCAAAUUCACACAAACAUAACAAUAGCAGAGCAAACAAUACGUGGGGUAAAUCUAACACAGUCUUCUCUGCAUUAUUGCACGUAAUUUUUUCUGGCAGUAUGUUAAAGUACAAGCUGGGAGGUGCAUCUUGUAACAUGGUGUGAUGAGUGUGUUUGCGCGCGUGGCUGGAUUUGUACAACUUUAUUCACGCUGUGCGCAAUUGUUCGUGGUGCAACUUUUCAUUCCGGGACAUCUUAUAAUCUGGAGAAUACAGUAUUUGUCGGUCCCUUGGUUAUAAUUUCAAGCACUGGGGAUGCAAACAGGCAAGGGCCAAUUUACGCUCUAUAUUCUUGUAGAACCUUUAACAAACGAAACACUUAAUAGUGGCUGGGAUAUGGGCAGUGAGCAGAUGCUCGUAGAAAACCAUGACACGUAUAGUGUAUGUAUGACAACACAUUAUUAACUAUAAGCGUGAGGCAGUUUUAAUUUAGUAUGUGCCUAAUCAACAGCUUAUGAAAGGACCCAACCAACGGUCAGUAGACAAUAUACUACUUUGGUGUGGUUUUAUUCUUCGUUAGAAUUGUAAUAAAUAAAAAGUGUGCUUAUGCUGAGGAAUGCGCAGACAAAAGAUGAAAUCGGGAAUUACUUGUCAGACUCAACAAGUUCACAAUGAUAAUAGUUUUUUUUACCCCUUUAUCUGGCAACAAAACUGACACCUUUUUUACAAGAAGUCAUUUUUGCAUUGACCACAAUACCUGCAGU